AUGUUGCUCAACACCACUUCUUCCCCAUUUCUGCUUACUGGCUUCCCAGGCAUGGAGAAAGCACAUCACUGGAUCUCCAUAGCAUUACUGGUUGUUUACAUCUCCAUACUUCUUGGUAAUGGUACCCUUCUCUUUCUCAUCAGGGAUGACCAUAGCCUCCAUGAGCCCAUGUACUAUUUUUUGUCUAUGUUGGCAGCCACGGACCUUGGAGUGACACUGACCACUAUGCCCACAGUUCUGGGAGUCCUGUGCUUGAAUCACAGAGAGAUUGGCCAUGGAGCCUGCUUCUCUCAAGCCUACUUUAUACAUACUCUUUCAAUCGUGGAGUCUGGUAUUUUGCUUGCUAUGGCUUAUGACCGUUUUAUUGCCAUCUGCAACCCCUUGCGGUAUACUGCCAUUCUUACCAACACCACUGUACUGAAGAUUGGGAUGGGGGUGUUGACAAGGGCCAGUUUGUCAAUUACGCCAAUAAUUAUUCGCCUUCACUGGUUUCCCUAUUGUCGAUCCCACGUACUAUCCCAUGCUUUCUGUCUACACCAAGAUGUCAUCAGGUUAGCCUGUGCUGACAUCACCUUUAAUCGUCUCUAUCCUGUUGUGGUUGUAUUUGCGAUGGUCUCACUGGACUUUCUCAUUAUCUUCUUCUCCUACAUUUUGAUCCUCAAGACUGUCAUGGGCAUUGCUUCUGGAGAGAAAAGGGCCAAGGCCCUCAAUACAUGUGUUUCCCACAUAUGCUGCAUCCUUGUCUUCUAUGUCACUGUAGUUGGUCUGACAUUUAUCCAUAGGUUUGGAAAGCAUGCUCCGCGUGUGGUCCACAUCACAAUGAGCUACGUCUACUUCCUUUUCCCCCCUUUGAUGAACCCUGUCAUCUACAGCAUUAAAACCAAGCAGAUUCAGAGUAGUAUAAUUCGCUUAUUCUCUCUGCCUCCUUCUACAAUAUAA